UGGAAAAGAAACGACUGCAGUUCCCCCGCUUUUUCUUUGUGUCCGAUCCUGCUUUACUGGAAAUCCUCGGACAAGCCAGUGACUCUCACACCAUCCAGGUACGAGCGGCGCACCAGUAUAAACGCUCUCCACGUCAGUCCAGCUUCAUAACCAUCUUUGCACUCGUGAUUGCAGGCUCAUCUCCUGGGAGUGUUCGACAAUGUCAGUGAGGUGGAGUUUCAUGUCAAGGACUACGACAAGAUUUUGGCGGUGAUCUCUCAGGAGGGCGAGAAAGUACCCCUGGACAAACCAGUAAUGGCGCGCGGUCCUGUGGAACUCUGGUUGGGAGAGUUACUGGUGCAACAGCAAGCCUCACUGCACUCAGUCAUAAAAGCAGCUCAGCUGCAGAUUAAUGAGCCCGACUUCCAGCUCCUCACCUUCCUUAACCAGGUCCAAGCUCAGGUACGCAACAGCUCAGAGCGUGCGUAUCAUAACAAUGCGUAUAACAUAUAGCACAGCCUUAAAAAUACAUGCACCGGUGAUGUUCCUCUCCUUCAGGUGGGCCUGCUGGGCAUUCAGAUGCUCUGGACUCGAGACUCAGAGGAGGCACUGCAGAAUGCCAAGAAGGACAAGAGGGUCAUGUCUGUGACAAACCAGAAGUUUCUGGAUCUGCUGAACACGCUGAUAGCACAGACGACUCACGACUUGUCCAAGUUCGAGCGUGUUAAGUUUGAGACGCUGGUUACAAUCCACGUCCAUCAGAGAGACAUUUUUAAUGAUUUGGUGAAAAUGAACAUCAGGUCCCUCGGUGACUUUGAAUGGCUGAAGCAGAGCAGAUUUUAUUUCCGGGAGGAUCAGGAUCACGUCGCAGUGUCGAUCACGGACGUCGACUUCAUCUAUCAGAACGAGUUUUUAGGCUGCACGGACAGGCUGGUCAUCACUCCUCUAACAGACAGGUGUUACAUUACCUUAGCUCAGGCGUUAGGUAUGAGUAUGGGCGGAGCUCCUGCUGGUCCGGCUGGGACGGGCAAAACCGAAACCACCAAAGACAUGGGCCGCUGCCUGGGGAAGUACGUCGUGGUCUUUAACUGCUCCGACCAGAUGGACUUCAGAGGACUGGGCAGGAUUUAUAAAGGUCUGGCUCAGUCUGGGUCCUGGGGAUGCUUCGAUGAGUUUAACAGGAUCGACCUGCCCGUGCUGUCGGUCGCUGCACAGCAGAUCCACAUCGUCCUGAGCGCUCGCAAAGAGCGCAAAGCUCAGUUCCUCUUCACCGACGGAGACUGUGUGGAUCUGAACCCCGAAUUCGGACUCUUUAUUACCAUGAACCCGGGCUACGCCGGUCGCCAGGAACUGCCCGAAAAUCUAAAGGUGCAGUUCAGGACCGUUUCUAUGAUGGUUCCUGACAGACAGAUCAUCAUGAGAGUCAAACUGGCCAGCUGUGGUUUCAUCGAGAACGUUAUACUGGCUCAGAAGUUCUUUGUGCUUUAUAAACUGUGUGAGGAGCAGCUCACGAAGCAGGUUCACUAUGAUUUUGGGUUGAGGAACAUUCUGUCGGUUUUGAGGACUCUGGGAGCUGAGAAACGGGCUCGACCCUCAGACUCUGAGUCCAGCAUCGUGAUGAGGGUUCUGCGUGACAUGAACCUCUCCAAACUGGUGAGAACCGUAACCAUUGCAGUAUCAGUACUAAAUGACGCCACGGAAAGGACCCACGUUGUGCUCCUGGUUUUGGGGAUCUUCAUGCACCCUGCUUGUGCUGCUACAGGUGGAUGAAGACGAGCCUCUGUUUCUCAGUCUGAUCAGUGACCUGUUUCCUGGGAUUCAGCUGGAUAACAGCACCUACGCUGAGCUGCAGGCUGCAGUCGCCACACAAGUGCAACAAGCAGGAAUCGUUAAUCACCCGCCGUGGAACCUCAA